AGGGUCUAUGGAGCCCUGGACUUCAGACCAGAAGUCCAGGGGUAAGAGCGCCCCUCUGUACAUAAAUAGUGCUACAAGAUGACUUACCCGGUGGGGGCUUUGGGGACAAAGCAGUGCAACAGAACAUGGAGAGAUUUUUAGGGGUUUGUAGUGGCCACGAGGCAGAGACCCCUUUUCUCUCUCAAAAGAGAGUUUGCAGCAAGGUCCGAACCUGCCCCCAAAUGAGAGACAUCUUCUGUCCCAGAAACCUUGCCUGUUCGUUGGUGGUGUGCUGUGCGACAGAGAGGAGGCUUGGGCUGCAGCCCUGGCGCAGUGGAAUGGAAGAGGUUUGCAAUGGAUACGGGGCAAAGACCUUCUCCAUCGGGAAUUCUUUUCUUAUCCCGAAAAGAAUAAAAUGCCAGUGCCUAAAGAGAGAGCGAGCGAGGGAGGGGUGGGGGAUUCAAAUUUUACCGGGAAGCCUGAUUUCCAGAUCAGUAGAAGCUACUGGUGUGAUCGAAGACUCACACAGACACACCCUCGCUCAGAGGCGCCCUGUUCACGAGGGAGUCCACUCCCACUCUGGGCACAACUUUUGGGCCUGGCGCAGGACAGCGAAGCAAUGACAUCUGGGAAAGUUUGCAGCGGCCGCGGGGCAGGUGUCUUCCUCCUCCUUUCCACAGCUCGCCUGUGUGUGUUGGCGCGCAGGUCGUUCCGGAUCCACUCCGGAGCGGCAGGCGGGGUGUUGUGACUUCACCGCCGCCGCCCGCGAUUGGCUCCGCCGCUUGUCACUCAACGCACUUCCUUCUCGGGGAAAGGAGAGGGGAGAAAAGUUUGUUGGGGCCAGAGAGCCGCGCACCGCUGCCGUCGGGGUUGGCCUCUGGCGCGCCUUUGGAGACGCCGCGGGGACCCCCGGAGGCGCGCCGGGCAGGCGUGGCGCUCCAGUCUCCUCCGUCCAUGUGAGGGUCUCCCCCGGCUGAGGGGCAGAGAGGGGCGAGGGCGGCGGCGACUUGGGCCCCGUCGCGAUGGCUUCUUCCCCACCCGGUGGAGGCAGCAGCAGCAGCGGCGCCGCUUCUCCAUCCCCGACGUCCCCCGGGGCCGCUGCCACUGCCCCGGAGCCGGCUCCGCCAUGCGCGCUCCUCGCCGGGUCGCCCUGCCACGGCGUCUCUUUCCAGAUCCAGAUCGGCCUGACCCGGGAGUUCGUGCUGCUGCCCGCAUCCUCGGAUCUCGCCCACGUCAAGCAACUGGCGUGCUCCAUCGUGGAUCAGAAGUUCCCAGAGUGCGGCUUCUAUGGACUCUAUGACAAAAUCCUGCUCUUCAAGCAUGACUCGUCUUCUGCCAAUAUCCUGCAGCUGGUCCGAGCUGCCAGCGACAUCCAGGAGGGCGACCUGGUGGAGGUGGUGCUUUCAGCCACGGCCACGUUCGAGGACUUCCGGAUCCGUCCUCACGCGCUCAACGUGCAUUCGUACCGUGCACCGGCCUUCUGCGACCACUGCGGGGAGAUGCUUUUUGGCCUCGUCCGCCAGGGACUCAAGUGUGACGGCUGUGGGCUGAACUAUCACAAACGCUGUGCCUUUAGCAUCCCCAACAACUGCAGCGGGGCCAGGAAGCGACGACUCUCCUCCACCUCGCUGGCCAACUCUCAGUCCCUGCGCCUCUCCACCACGGACUCCUUGCCCUCUGAUGAUCUGAGUCGGAGCUCCAUGGAGACCUUCCCUCGCCGCCUGACCUCCGGGUACAUCGGCCGCCCCAUUGAGCUGGACAAGCUCUUCCUGUCCAAAGUCAAAGUGCCCCACACCUUCCUCAUCCACUCUUAUACGCGGCCCACCGUCUGCCAGUACUGCAAGAAACUCCUCAAGGGCCUCUUCCGCCAGGGUCUCCAGUGCAAAGAUUGCAAAUUCAACUGCCACAAGCGCUGUGCCACGCGAGUGCCCAACGACUGUCUUGGGGAGACGCUGUUCAACGGUGGCGAUGUGCCCAUGGACGACACCAGCGACCUCAGUGAGGCUGACAAGAACUCGCUUAUGGAUGAAUCGGACGACUCGGGGAUCAUCCCCGGUUCACACUCGGAAAACGAGCUGCAGGUGGACGAGGACUCGGAUGACAACAGCAAGUCCCAGGGCUCCAUGGGGUACAUACCACUGAUGCGAGUAGUGCAGUCGGUGCGGCAGACGACCCGCAAGUCCAGCACGGCUCUGAAGGAAGGCUGGGUGGUUCAUUUCAGCAGCAAGGACACCCUGCGGAAGCGCCAUUAUUGGCGACUGGACAGCAAGUGCCUCACCCUUUUCCAGAACAACACCAGCAGCCGCUACUACAAGGAAAUCCCACUGUCGGAGAUCCUGGCGUUGGAGGCAGUCCGGGACUUCUCCCUGGUGCCAUCGGGCGCCACCCCUCACUGCUUUGAAAUCAUCACGGCCAAAGCCACCUAUUACGUCGGCGAAAGCGGCACCUCCAGCAACGGCGGCAACCAUCAGCAUGGCGGGGACAGUCUGGAGCAGGCGAGGGCGUGGGAGAACGCCAUCCGCCAGGCCCUCAUGCCCGUCAUCCUCCAGAGCGCUCCUAGCGCCCAAGGAACGGCCCCCCACAGGCAAGCAUCCUUGCGGAUCUCGGUGUCCAAUAGCCAGAUCCAGGAGAACGUGGAUAUCGCCACUGUCUACCAGAUCUUCCCCGAUGAGGUCUUGGGCUCUGGACAGUUUGGGGUUGUCUAUGGAGGCAAACACCGCAAGUCCGGGCGGGACGUGGCGGUGAAGGUGAUCGACAAGCUCCGUUUCCCUACCAAGCAAGAGAGCCAGCUGCGGAACGAAGUGGCCAUCCUGCAGAGUUUGAGACAUGCUGGGAUUGUGAACCUGGAAUGCAUGUUUGAGACGCCCGAGAAGGUCUUUGUGGUGAUGGAGAAGCUCCACGGCGACAUGCUGGAGAUGAUCCUGUCUUCGGAGAAGGGUCGGCUCCCGGAGAGACUCACCAAGUUCCUGAUCACGCAAAUCCUGGUGGCCCUUCGGCAUCUGCAUUUCAAGAACAUUGUGCAUUGCGACCUCAAGCCUGAAAAUGUCCUCCUGGCUUCAGCUGAGCCUUUCCCCCAGGUGAAGCUGUGUGACUUUGGCUUUGCCCGCAUCAUUGGGGAGAAGUCCUUCCGCCGUUCCGUCGUGGGCACGCCGGCCUACCUGGCCCCUGAGGUCUUGCUCAACCAGGGCUACAACCGCUCCCUGGACAUGUGGUCGGUGGGCGUCAUCAUGUACGUCAGCCUGAGCGGCACCUUCCCUUUCAAUGAGGACGAAGACAUCAACGAUCAGAUCCAGAACGCCGCCUUCAUGUACCCGCCUAACCCCUGGCGCCAGAUCUCGGUGGGAGCCAUCGAUCUGAUCAACAACCUUCUCCAGGUCAAGAUGAGGAAGCGCUACAGCGUCGACAAAUCGCUCAGCCACUCCUGGCUACAGGACUACCAGACUUGGCUGGACCUGCGGGAGCUGGAGAGCAGGAUGAGCGAGCGCUACAUCACCCACGAGAGCGACGACGCCCGGUGGGAGCAGUUUGCCACUGAGCACAGCCUGCCCUAUCCCGAGCACCUGCGGGUUCGUCGGCUGGAUGAAGAGGAGGAGGAGGAGCAGGAGGAGCAGGAGGUCGAUAUGAAGGUCUUGGCUGUGCGGGUCAGCGUGCUCUGAGGACCCCCUGCCACUGGAUGCACGGACGAUGGACAGGCAGAUGGCCUCUCUGUGUGCAGGGCGUGACCUCUUCCUUGACUCCGGGGGGCCUAUUUUGGAAUGAGGCAACCGCUCCCCCUGCUGGUGGCGGCCGGGGUGACAGGCUGGCUCAGGAUGCACCUGUCUCCACCCCAGAUUCUCCACCGAUUACCCUGUUGGGGGGGAGACUGGGGAUGGGGCCGGCGAUGCUCCAGCUCGCUCCCUCUGGGGGCACGGUGGACAGCCAGAAGCUGGAGGACCUUUGGGGAGCUGUGUGUGGUGGGCGAAGGUGGGGAGGCCAGUUGGGGGCUGUUCUGGUGAGGCUGCAGGUUGUGAAUGGGGAAGAAGAGGAGAGCCUGGUGGCUUCCUGGGAAUGGUGGCUGUUGCGGUGACGUUUCUGAGGUUCAUUCACUGCCGGGGAGGUGGGUGGGAUUAGUUGUCAGUUUAGGGAGGCAACACAGAGGAGAGGAGAGCUGGUCUGGUGGGAGCCAGCAGGACUUGUCCCCUUAGCUAAGCAGGGUCUGCCCUGGUUGCAUAUGAAGGGGAGACUCGAAGUGUGAGCGCUGGAAGAGAUCCCCUUAGCAGGGGAUGGAGCCGCUCUGGGAAGAGCAUCUCGGUCCCAAGUUCCCUCCCUGGCAGCAUCUCCAAGAUAGGGCUGGGAGAGGUUCCUGCCUGCAACCUUGGAGAAGCCGCUGCCAGUCUAGGUAGACAAUACUGAGCGAGAUAGACCAAGGGUCUGACUCAGUAUAGGGUGGCUUCCUAUGUUUCUAUGUUCCUAGAGGGGGACUCUGUGUGUUCACUGGAGCCAAGGACGCCAUCACUGGCUGCAAAGCAGGAUGGACUUGUGGAGUCACUUCUGCAGGCCCCUAGCCAGCCUAAAUGUUUAGCGGGGUGCCCAAUAAAAUGGGGGGGGGCAUUUUUACCACUUUAGUUGCUCUCCAUAGCAUUGCAAAAUAGCAGUUUAAAAAUUGUUUGUAAAAAUGUUAGGGGGGCAGUGAAAAAUUCCGGACUCCCUUAGCCCCUCUGGUGAAGGACACAUGGUCAUAUGACCAGCUUUCAACCUCCAUCUGUACCAGCCUGCCAAAUGGGCUUCUCGUCUCGCCCUCCCCAGGCAUUGCAUCUUUCUACCCGCAGCCCCCACUUCCCAGCAGCUCAGUGCCUGUUUUAAAAAGUUACUGUCAGAAGCAGGCCAGAGCUAAGGAGACGGAUGCCUUGUGCCGGAAGCACGAAGAGCAGCCUUUUUCCUCCUGAAGUAGGCGAGAUGUCUUUCAGGAAAGCUUGUCCACUAUUACUGAUCUUCUCAUUGAUGGACCCUCAGGUUCUUUGAGGAGAGCUGGUCUUGUGGUAGCAAGCAUGAAUGGUUCCCAUUGCUAAGCAGGGUCUGUCCUGGUUUGCAUAUGAAUGGGAGACUCUGUGUGAGCACUGCAGGAUACUCCCCUCGGGGGAUGAGGCUGCUCUGGGAAGGUCCCAAGCUCCCUCCCUGGCGGCAGCAUCUCCAAGAGAGGGCUGAGAGAGAUUCCUGCCGGCAACCCCGGAGAAGCCGCUGCCAGCCUGUGAAGACGUUACUGAGCUAGAUGGACCAAGGGUCUGACUCAGUAUAUGGCAGCUUCCUAUGAGACGCAGUUUGAAAGGUGCUAGCAUUGAGAAUUACACUCUCUCCUCUCCAUCCCUGGGUUUGUCACUGCCUCAUAAGGUCUCUGCCUCCCUGAUAUUAGCAGUCCUGGGCCAGGCCCACACAACCUCCCUGAUCUCCUGGCUUCCCCUCUUCUUGUUAGCUAACCCUGGUGGGUCAGGUCUUGUCUCCCGGCUUCGCCUUCCUCUGCCUGCUGACCCAAUUUCCCUAGGACACUUGCACUGACCACAGAAACAUGAAUGCGAACUUUUGGGAGUGGUCUUAGGAGGAGGUCUCCCUUCUGGGUGCAGGAGGAAAUUCAUGCCCAUGCCAGCAGCUGGGAAGGAGAGAUUCUCCUUUUUGCGUCCCCGGGGCAGGAGCUGAGAAUCUAGCCUCUUUUAUCAGACAGCGGUUGCUUCUUGCCUGGAAUUUUUCUCUUUUAAAAAAAAGUUAUAUUGUAAAUAAAAAUGCAUAUACAUCUC